AAAUGCCAACAUGGGUCAAGUAUAAUAAAACCCUUACAGCUAUAGAAAUAUAUAAGGAGAGAUAUGUAAGACUAUUACCCAAUGAAGGUGAUAUUUAUAUAGGGUCACCUUGGGAAACUGGAAAAACGUACAUUCUUGAACAUCUUACUAUUUCUGAUGUU